UAACUCACGGGGAAAAGCUACGAUUAUAAAAUAGGAUUGCCAACUAUAAUUCUUAUUUAAACCGUCAUAGCAUUGAAAUGUUAUGGAAAAUAAAUAAAUCCUCAAUUAUAAAAACAGAAUUUACAGCAAUGCCACUUCGCCACCAUAAACGGGCAAUCACAGCACCGUUAUCGGAGAGCGUGCGUGUGCACGAGCGCAGUCCUGCCACUGCUCUUCAAAACACUGGCGAGACCUGGGCGAGCAUGCGCACAGUACAAUGUUCUAGUUUCAUUCACACACAAAGCGACGCAAAUAUCAGCUUGAUUUUUUAUUUUUUUAUUUUUUUAUUUUUUCACAGUUUUUUGACGAUAAAGACCACGCGAGCGUUUUUGCAUUACUUUUUUCGUCGUUCCACUGGCGACGUUUUACGGUUUUCCGAGAGCACGAGCCAAACAAUGAAGAAACGUUAUGCGGACGUUAGCAAGCCACGGAAGAUGAAAAAGGCGAGGAUAUCCGAGCGGAUUUCUGAAAGCGCUUAUACAUUCCUGAAGUUUGUGAUGGUGUGGAUCCUGGUGCUCUUGGCGGACUUUAUUCUGGAGUUCAGAUUUGAGUACCUGUGGCCAUGCUGGCUGUUUUUCGGGAGCGUGUACAGUACCUUCCAUUGCCAUGGUCUGGUUAUUUGCAUGGUGUUUGUGUGUGCCGCGUUCACUCUUGAUGUUUUCUGUUUGAUCUUUGUACCUCUGCACUGGCUGUUCCUCGCGGCAAGCACCUACGUCCUGUUCAACUACAUCUGGCACACAGAGAAAGGGCUCUGCAUGUCCACGGUGUCGCUCUGGAUCCUGCUGGUGUACACUGAGGCUCUGCUCAGGUUCAAAGACCUGAGGAACUCUCACGCCAACCUAUCACACCUGUUUGCUGCUCACUGCAUUGGCUACCCGGUGGUGUACCUGGGCUUCGAUGCGACGUGUUACCUCAGCAGUGUGGUGAAGCUGCGCACGCAGCGAGCCGUCCGCAGCGAGAACGACUUUCACAUGCGGCUGCUGCAGCAGUCUCUGCCGACCACCCUGCAGCUCUACCCCAAGUGUGUGACAGAGGGCAAAGAAGGUUCCAAGUGGAGGGUGAAGGCCGAUUUGGGACAGUAUCAGUGCCAGGGCGGGACCCUGCCGUCCGAUGAGGGGGGUGUCCUGGACUGUCUCCAGAUCGGAGGGUCUCAGAGGAGGACAGACGGGGAACUGGAGGAGGGGAGGGUGGGCGGGGCUAGCCCCCUGGGGCUGGAGUCUGAGCCCAGGGAGAACCUGCGGGGGGGUGGGGCAGAGCUGGCCGACGUCCCCUGUGCCCUGGAGGGCGUGGCCCUUGAGGAGCAGGGCGCCAAACCCCCCAAAACCUCCAAGCUGCCCUCCCCCCGCGUGCGCCGGCCACCCAAUGGCAUCAGCAGCUUGCCUUCCACCAGGCCCGACAGGAAGCAGAAGGGCGGAGCCAAAACCACCAGCCCCAACAGAGAAACACUGGACAGGAGCUCCACAGCCAUUCAGAGCUUUCACUCUGACCAGAUCACCAAGUUACAGCAGGAUCUGCGCAGGCUGAAGGCAGAACUGCAGGCCAGCAGGCAGACAGAGCAGGAGCUGCGCAGCCACGUCUGCAACCUCACCAACAGCGAGCGGAGCCUUCGACCGGAACUGUCCCUGCUGCGCCAGGCCAACCAGCUGCUGCAGAGCAAGAUUCUGUGUCUGGUGAAGAGCAAACAGAAGGACAAACAGGCGAGUGCUGUGCUGGAGAAGAAGGUGAGGGUGGAGGUGGAGGCGCGCUCAGCUGCUGAAAAACAGCUCACGGAAAUCCAGUCCCGCAAGCUGGACGAGCCGUCUGCCCUGCCACAUACCACCAUGCCGCCCGCACACAGGCAGGAUCAUUCAGAGAUGCAGGCAUUAAAGAGAAAAGCUAAAGAACUAGAGACAGAAUUCUCACAUCUGCAGCAGGAGUAUCAGAGGAAAGAGGGUCAAACUGUAGCACUAGAAAAGGAAGUGGAGGUGCUGUGUAAACAGAAGGGGACGGGGCAGGAGGCGGAGCUGCUUCUCUCCGCCCUCUCUGCAUUGCAGGAUAAGACUCAGCAUCUGGAGUAUAAUCUAAGCGCCGAGACACGCAUCAAACUGGACCUGUUCUCCGCGCUCGGCCACACCCGCCGCCAGCUGGAGAUAGCGCAAGGAACAGUAAUGAAACAGGACCAGGAGAUUGGAGAGAUGAAGCAGAAGAUAGCGGAGGUGAUGGCUGUCAUGCCAGGAGUCACGUAUGCCGCCCCGCCCCCCAUCGUGCCGCAGUAUCUCACAAAGUUCCCCAACGUCGCCCCCUGCAGGCUGGAGCCUGGCGCGCUCAUGUACCAGUGUCUGAAAAAGUAGCCCCGCGGACGAGAGCCAACAGCAGCCUUUUUAAAUCAUCGAACAGACAGACACGAACAGCGGGAAAACGAGGACAGACAGACAGACGGACACGUCUGAGAGACGGACGGCGGGAGGCUUUCUCCGGCACGCUGGCUCUCCAUUGGCUGGGAGCGGAGUCAGCGGUGCGGUGCGGUGCGGACGCGGUUUUCGUCGGCGCGCUACAGACUAACGGCUCUACGCAGACACAGACAAACUCAGAGCCGUUCAGCUGCUCCACAUCCUGAGCGAGUAUGCAGGCCAGAUUCAGCACUGGGGGGCCAGAUUCAGCACUGGGGGGCCAGAUUCAGCACUGGGGGACAGAUUCAGCACUGGGGACAGAUUCAGCACUGGGGGACAGAUUCAGCACUGGGGGUACACCUUUCCGCUAAGCCCCCCCCCCCCCCCCCCAGAAAAAGACUCAACUUUAUUCAUAUGUUCUUUUGACUAUAAUUAUGGAAUAAGACACAAUAUGUCAGGAAUGUGCCAUAUAUUUAAAUAUUUGCAUUAUUGCCAUUUUCUUACAUAUACUCACAGGCCUAAUUCUGUCUGACAAUAAUUGGCUUGUUUUAAUAUGAUUAACCGCAUUUUAGACCAUUAGUGCAUACAAGUGUCCGAUAUUUAAAACAUCAGUGAUCACGGAGGGCUGUUGUUUGAUGUGCAUUCAUAUUGCAUAAAAUCCACAGUGUUGCUUGAACAUGUUGUCAUUGGCAACUUAAACCUGUGCCUGAAAUUUAGAAUGUGUAAUAUACAAUACAUUUGAUAAAAAUGGCAAUAUGUUUUAUUUAUGACACGUUUUGAAAUAUUAAUAUUUAAUGUAAACCUCUGAUAUGUUUCACAUCCUGGUCUGAGGCCCAGCCCUGAGGCCAGGAUGCAGAGAGAGGUGUUUAUAUGAAUCAAGCUGUGAAGUUCAGAUGAGUUCAAAGGCUGUGGCUGCACACCUAUCUAUCUCAUAGUCUAACAGUGGUUUUAAAUUUAUCCAUGUUGAUGAAAAUCAUAUUUAAAAGAACAAGAUUCAUUUUUAGUGAUAUAUAAUAAGAUUUUUGGUAGUUCAUCUAUGUGUUGAUCAUACAAUUAUGCAAUAAUGACUAAUCAGAUUUUGAAAAAAUGCUUUGCUUCAAGAUGCAAUGAACCCAUGACAAAACUCUGUUUUGCUGAUUCUAACGGGUUUCAGAUGUAACACAGAGGAUCUGUGCAGCGCAGCCGAAUUUGAACUUUAAAAUGUUUACGAGUGUUAUGAAGAAGAAAAAGACCGUAGACACAGAAAACCUCUCCAGAUUUGCCUCCAUCCGUUUAAAAACACAUUUGUUUAGUCUUUGUGUAAGAUCCAUGUUUUGAAGCAGUGAGGUGAUAUGUAUUCUGCAAACAUACAGACUCUGCCGCUGUUCUUCGCCAGCUUUAUUUUCGUUCUUUUACCUUCUGCCGAGUCUGAUUACAGGUGAGGCAGGGAAAGAGCUUGUUCCUGUGGGCGUCGGCCGUUUGAAGUCACAGGUGACGUACCUGUCACUGUAGGCUAUGUGUGCACGCUCGCCUGGCUGUGACUUCUGUGCUCGGGUUUGACAGAUUUGGGUCAGUUGACUUUUAGGGUUGGGGGUAUGGGGGGGGGGGGUUAUUAAUUCUGAAAGCAGACUCCUUCCAUCUCUUUCAAACUGUUCUUCCUCUCUCAUUUCCCUGUAUUCGCAGACAGCUAGUUUUCAUAUUUAGCAGACAGCUCUGUUUUUGUAGGAAGUGAUGUUAUAGACAGUGUUUCCUUCUAUAAACAACCAUGUCAAAGUCAGCCACAGCAGAUUAUGCACAUUAGUUAUGGAGUACGAUACUUCCCCCACAUCCCUCCACACCCCCCCCCUCCCAUUUUCAUGUUUUAAGUGUUUAUUUUAAAUGGCAAACAGUAUUCAAGGUGACUUAAGAACAGGUGAGGUGACAGCAGGCGCCAUGCGACUGUGCUGGCUGCUGGAGCGUGUAGCGUCCAGUGGUCCUGGUGAGGAUGUGGGCUGAGUGAGGAAGUGUGGAACACACUGAGGCGACGGGUUUAUGGGGGAGUGUGCAGAUCACAACCCGUAGGCCUCAGUGAGUCCCCGCUGUGAAGCACAGAUCCUGAGUGAGGAUUGCUGUGCGGCCAUUUUGUUUCAGCCUGUGAGACGUUUCAACACCUCGACAGUUAUUUGAAUUGAUAGCACGGUGGAAUGGUGUACAGGUACGUGUUUGUGUUGUGUUGUACCAAUCAGAGACAGCACAGUGGAAUGGUUUUGAAGUACGUGUUUGUGUUGUGUUGCUCUGAUGGGAGACAGAACGGUAGAAUGGUUUAAAGGUAGUGUUUGUGUUGUGUUGUACCAAUCAGAGACAGCACAGUGGAAUGGUUUUGAAGUACGUUUUUGUGUUGUGUUGCUCUGAUGGGAGACAGAACGGUAGAAUGGUUUAAAGGUAGGUUUGUGUGUGUGUAAAUCAGAGACAGCACAGUGGAAUGGUUUUGAAGUACGUGUUUGUGUUGUGUUGCUCUGAUGGGAGACAGAACGGUAGAAUGGUUUAAAGGUAGUGUUUGUGCUGUGUUGUACUGAUCAGAGACAGAGGAAGGAAGAGGAAGAGACUGAGACACAGGCAGGAGGAGAGAGAGAGAUUUUAACAGACAGCAGUGGCGCCAGUCUAUGGGUGGGGCUCAGACAACAAACAGCUGAUUGCAGUGGGGAAAAUACCAUUCUAAUCUGAACACUGAAUACAACAGUCUUCUUAAGAAUUUGAAUUUUGAAUCGAUUUAGCAUUUUUAUGUCACUUUUAUGUUGUUUUAUGUUUCAAGUUUUCAAGUUUAUUUAUAUUUAUAUAGCACCUUUCAUGCAAAAAGCAGCUCAAAGUGCUGUACAAUGGCUUCGUUGACCUUUGUAUAUUUAACCACAGGUAGUCAUUACUUUUACUAAAAUUUUGGUCAGAUUUUGCUGUGGGUAUUUAUUUCCCCCUGCAGAGUAAAAUGUCAGUGUUAAAUCAGCUCUUCCAUACGGCCCCUGUGGGACUCUGUGCUCUGUUAGGGCUGAAUUAGGACUGGAUGUUUUACACUGGAGCGUGUCUGCAUGUUCCAUGACUUUGUGCUGGGUUUGCUGGAUAUUUUGAACACAACAGAUGUCUGAACUACUGUUAUGUCUUGCAUUGCCCAAAAAAUGGAUCAUAUUCACAGAGAUCAUAUUCACUAUAUAAUAUUGUCAGUCUUUUUUUUUUUUUAGCUUUGUCUGCGCUGUGACAUCAUUCAGUGUUACCAGACAGGCCGAAAUAUACAACCCAAUGUACAGGUACCUGUCGGCCCGUUUGACAAAUGCAGUCUUAGUCCAAUCCAGCUAUUCUGCGUCCGUGAAAGAGAUGUACACAUUAUUCCUUAGUUCAACACUCACAUUUUGAGCGUUAUAUUUACACAACCAAAAAAAGGAAAAAAACACUCUAAAAACUAUGAAGUGUGCCGUCAUCCUGUCCUCUUUUUUCCAUAAUUAUGUACGUAAAACUACGGGGUCUGUUGCUGUGUGUGUUGAUAACAGCUUGUCUUGUUCUUAAAGGAAAAUGGCUCAUAAAAGCAGGAAGAUACUUGUUAUUGGAAGGUUAUGAAGAGGAGAUAUGCAGAUGGGGGGGGGGUUAUUUACCUGUCUGCAGGUAUCAGAGGCAGCUGUGCUCCGAGACUCUGGGUCAGGCAGCUACAGCCUCCUCCUGCACUCAGGACCCACUCUGACGGACUCCUGUCUGUGCCACAGGUAACGUCCUUUUAUGUGAGGUGCUCAAUUUUUUUACUCUUUUCUUAUAAUGUUCUUUUUAAAAAAACAAAAAUUUAAAAAAAGUAUUGUGGAAAAAUGUACCUGCAAUUAUUUGUAAAAUAAUAUUUACAAUUUUAUUCGAUUGUUGUAAUUGUUUUGGUAGUUUUUUUAUUUAUCAGUGUUUAAAGUAAAGACGUUUUGUAUAUUUAAGAUAAUAUUUUUCAUGCUUGAUGUUCAAUUCAUAUAAAUGCUUUUCUUAUUAUUUUUAUAUGUCCACGUUUCUGCUGUAUGAGGACCUGGAUGUAUCUUUUCACCUGUGAUGUGAUGUAACUCUGGUUGCACUUUCUGUGAAAGGUUCUGCAUAAAAACUACCAAAUGCCUUCAUAAGCCCUACAUAGGCAUUCAUAACCAUGCAUGAGUAUUAAGUAUAGUUAUUGUACCACGUAAGAGAUCAGUCUGGUGCCAAAUUCUGUUUCACAAGUGAAAUAUGAAUAAACAUCAAACCCAUACCAAUCAGCAAAGACAGCCAUGGAGUUUACUCCAUCUGUGACACAAGCGUCCAUGACAUACAGGUCUGUUAUAUGUGAUGGGCAACACACCCCAAUGAUGAUCUGUGUUCUUAUGAAUGCUCAUAUGGAGGUUAUGAAGGCUUAUGAAGGCAUUACACUUAUACCAGGACUGGAUCAAAUAUCCAUUUUAAAUACUUUGAUGAGAUGCUGGUAAAACAUCCUUGUAGAUCCCUGAGAAUUUUAUAAACAAAACAUGUUACUAACCAAAACAUACAGCUUUCUAAAAGAAUAAUUUUUGUUCUGAAUAUUGGUGGAAAUAGUUAGAUUUGGAUUAAUUUUACUGUUGUGUAAAGGCUUAAGGGUCAUUCCAGAGGUUAUUUGACACAGGCCUGGUUCUUACAGAGGACCUUCCAUAGAAACAGUCACCCUCAUGUGUAGUAUAGCGUUCUGACAUUACUGUAAGGGCUUCUGGCUUUUUGUCCACACCUUUUGGGAACAAAUGCCAAUAAAACAUUUUCCAAACCA